UUCCCAGGGAAACUGCAAACGAUUUUGGACUUUACACCAUACACAACACACAAUCCAUACACGUCUACCAAAGCUCAAAUGGCGGAGGGGGUCGCCACCGACUCAAACCUUCCUCUGUUUUCUGCCGAGGAAGUACAGCAGCACAAUACAGAAAAGGAUGCUUGGAUAAUACAUCGUGGAAAGGUCUACGAUGUUAGCGAAUUUCUUGAACGCCAUCCAGGCGGGAAAGAUAUUUUACUUGCUUACGCGGGCCAGGAUGUGACGGUGUUGAUGAUACAAGAGGAACUUCAUAAACACACGACUUUUGCUUAUGGUUGGCUUGGAAAAUAUCUUAUUGGCCGUUUAAAAGACGAUGUAAGUAUAGCUUUGAAACUUUUCGGCGCAAUUUCUGAAUUUGCUAGAAGCAAAGAGCUCGCACCGAAGCGUAGCCUGUUUUAAUACCAAGAUCUGUUAUGUAAAAUGCAAAAGACAUCUCGAUCAUUUGUUAGUUUAGUUUGUGGAAGUUUCAGUGACGGGUGAGUUUUGCUCUUGGUGAAAUAAUAAUUGGUGAAGAAGUGCGUUUGGUAUAGUUUUUUUUAUAGUGUAAAAACGCAUCCAAUAAUCUAAUAAAGAAACAUAAAAGAAGAAGUCAAGAUGAUGCUUGCAUAAUAUUUUUGUGACCCGAGCAGUUAACUCGAGUGUAAAAAUAUUCUCCGUUUAACAAAUUUACUCAACAUUUGAAUAUUUUAACGUUAGCAGAAAUCCUAACAGAAAAAAAGAAGUUUGUGAUAGUCUCAACCGUACCGAAAAUUGCUGAUGUUGUUUUCUUGAUGUUUUUGAAAUAAUUUCCAGGGGAUUAACAACGUCCGCACGUCAUGCCCAGAUAAAUUCAUUAUGAUUCAUAAUCGGCCACCAUUUAACUAUUUGCAUUCUCUAUUAUUCUCUCUGGGUUUAUUCACUUGUUUUUGCAUGUAUUAAAGAGACUGCUUUUUUGUGUGUGUAAAAGAAAAUAAUAAAACCGCAUAUUGUUACUAAAUAAUCACAUGUUUGCUUUCACGUGAGGUAAGAUAACACUAAAAAUAAGGGUUUUUCACUUUUCUGCGAGGAAAGAAAUGCGUUGUAAUAAUUAACAAAGUAAUUUCCAUUUUCAGUGAAUUACAACUGAAGCAUGAAGACAAUUAUAGUCCAUCUUUUUAUGCAUGUAAACUCCGUAAGCAGAAGCUUUGCAAAAAAGUGGCUUUUUGGGUGGUCCCCCCCUAAAUAGAACUAUAGCUCAGGGGCAAAUACUUGAAUUGUCUUAUGUGGAUGUUUUUGAAUUCCUAAAAAACUAGACUUUUUGUGAAACUGUAUCAAUUAAAACCUGGAGCAUUGAACAUGUUGUUUCUUUGAAUCUGUCAUCUAUUUGAGGUCGCUAUUUUCGAAGAGAGAUUUUUAUUUCUUUUGUUGGCAGCCAAUUUAUCUGUAAGUUGAUUAAACCAUGAAAUCAAUAGUCUUGAAGGGGCUCUUUGCAACCUCCUAUUUAAAUAGACCCAGCAAUUAAUCAAGAAAAUGCUUAAGAUCAACCUCUAUGUAUCCUUGGAGAUCCAGGGGCAGAUAGUGGGUCAAGGGAAAGUCUUAUUGGGCAGAUCUGGCCUUGGGUCUACGAGGAUAACCUCUAUGUUAUGGUUUUUUUUUUCACAUGAAUCAUACAUUGCCACUGUAUAGACAGAAAUAAUCCCUUAGCACUGCAAGCAAUUUUUUUUAUGUAAAGAAUUUUUUGUUUGACAUUUGUUUUAAGAGGACUAUAUGCAGCAUAUUAAUAGGGAAUUUAAGAUAGUUCACUACGGUAGGCUGGGGCGGUUGGAUGUGUAUACGUGCGGCUUGGGGCCAUGACUGUAAGAAGGCAUGAAAAUUUUCAAUUUAAGAAUGGACAGCAAAACAGAGGAUGGUAAAGUCAUUCGCAAAACUCGCUUGAAAUUUCUUUCACAGAAGGCUCAAUUACUGAAGAAGAGUUUCUUAUUUUAUAUGAAGAAUACCAAUCAGAAGAAUAAGGGUACAAAUUAAAGCUAGCUAGUUUUCAAAACUAGUCGAUGUUUUUAUUUGAAUUUUCCUUUCCUAAGCCAACACCUUUUGAGUUAAACAAAUCUUUUCUUGAUAAAAAGUUAAAAAAAAGACAGCUACAAUCAUCACUGUUAGGCCCAGUUCAAAUUUCAAACUUCUCAUGUGCCAAAACUAAUGCACAAAUUACUAAAAUUUAUUUCACUUGUUUAGAGCAUGCUAGACCGUUGAACGUACAUCGUGAAAAUGAAUUGAGUUUGACUAAUUAAGUUCCACGCCUGAAUCAAUCUUGAACUUAUGUCAUUUGGGUCAACCUAAAUAAGUAUUAAGUUCAGUACAUGAAAAGAUCAACAUUUGAACUGGGCGUUACCUUUCUUUUCGGCAACUUUUCUCUGUCAUGACGGACAACACUAGGUAGAAAACAAGCAGUUGUGAUGUGGCUGUGAGCUAAGUUAAUGAAUGAAUGAACUCAGAAGUCUUCACUAUUUUUUUUUUCAUUUCACCAGUAGGGAAAUCAAUGUAAACACAACCCAACACACAUUUAACCCAUUGGCUACUUAUUUUUAGAAGAAAACUGACAAUAAGUAUGCAUGAAUUCUUAUCGGUUUCACCAUUGUCUUCACAACGAGAAAGCUGGUGAAAACAUACUGUCCCAGAAGGACGACAGUAAAAGGUCAUGCGUAUUUUGCGUGAUGUAACAUCUAUCCAACCGUCCCAGGUGACCGUAGUGACCUAUCUUAAAGUAGCACUGCAGAGUGGCAAAACUUGGGAAGAACUUGAGAAUUGUGUAUCAUAAUAAUGACAAUGAUGAAAACUAUAGUCAGUUAAAUCCUUAGCAUUUUAAAGACCUAUAGUCAUAAGCAGUUGUGAAGAAAAACCUGCAAAUUACAUAUUGGAUAGUACUGCAAAUGGAUGACGUUUUUAUUCUGAGAUAAAGGUCAACUGAUAUACACUGGUUUGUGUAGACAUUUUCUUGUUUUGAUGCUUUAUUUUUACAUAAUUACAGGAAUUAGGUGAUGAAUUUGACUCCACCACACGAGAAAACCUUCCAAUGGAUGGAUGGCGAGAGGUAUAGAAAAAAACUAGGAUUAUUGUUGUGCUACCGCAGUGCCUGGCUGUCAUUAAGGGCUGGGGUUAGGAAAAUAAAGGAAAAUAAAAAUAAAACCCAGAAGAACUUGGUAGGUGUUUCAUGCCCCCUACCAAUUUCAGCAACUUGAAAUCUUAGUGGCAGCCCUGCCAACAGGAAACUGUAAAUACCUAAGUGACCACAAACAAAAAAAUGCAAACCACCAACAAUGUCCAUUGCAUCUUGUUACGAAUAAUGGUAUCUUUGGAUCCUAGACUACAGGGCCGGGUUGGUCGAAGCUGGGUUAAGAUAACCCUGGGUUAGUGCGAAAUUUGAACUCAGAUGUGAGAGAUUAAAAAGCAAAUUCAGUUUAAUUCUCUGCCUACAAUUUGAUAAUUGGAUACUCUAAAAAGAAUAGAGAAAAUUAUCCGAGAAAGUGCUUUUGAUAAAAAGAUAAAGAAACCUGUGUUAAAAUUUAACCGCAGGUUAGCGCUAACCGGCGUUCGAACAACUGGGCCCAGGUGUUUUCCUUGUGACUUUUAUUAUAACAUAUCCAAUGUAAUUCUCAUGUUCAUGAAUUUUGAGGCCUGAAGUUUAAACAUCUCUGCUCAUAAUAAGUCGAACAUUGCCUGACGGUAAAAUUAGCAGUAACUGGUAAUUCAUUUUUAUGUUGUAGGUUUGAUAAAUUUGCACUCACUAGCCAAUUUACCAAGUGAAUGAAUCAAUAUUAAUGUUCCAAAGUAAAUAAUAUUUUGAACGGCUAAUCAAUAGAAACCAAAGUAAAAAUAUAUAUAUCAUGUGUUUCAAAGAAUGAAAAUAUCGAAGAACAACUUACUUUUGGACUUGAUAAUGACUCAUUUUUCCACAUGUAAUUCUGACUUAAUUUCAAUUUUAUCUUAGCUCGUAAAAGCCAAGAAGGUGAUAGUAGCAAAUCUUUAUUUAUAACGUGUAUUUACUUCUAAUUCUAGGAUCUUGUUGAUUGGAACAAAGCUAUCCUACCUCAAGUUGGAAAGCUUGGCCCAAACUACCUAAACUGGGUUCAUUCACCAGUUGAUCGACCCUUAAGGCUCUUCGAGUCUGACUUUGUAGAAUUCUUCUCCACAACGCCCUGGUAUGUUGUGCCAAUUAUCUGGAUACCAACAAUGUUAUAUAUGUGCUACCUGUCCAUUCAAGAUUUGACUGCUGGGGAUGGAGUUCAGAACAUUGAUCCGUAUUUUGUGGAUUCCAAGACUAAGGUUGCAUCAGUUUUUUCUGCUCUGUUUCUGUGUGGAUUGUUGUUGUGGUCAUUUAUUGAAUACUGCUUGCAUCGCUUCUUGUUUCACCUCAUCAAUCACGUUCCUGCUGAUGAUCCAUUUUGGAUAACCAUUCACUUCUUUCUUCAUGGACAACACCACAAGGUAAGGGUUUGUUUUUUUCCCAGUAGUUUUUGUUGGUUUUUGUUCAAGGACAAGGUGGGUUUGGAAUUUUAAGGACAGUCUAAGGUGACAAUGUGUGUAGUGACUUCACAACAAUUCACAGAACUCUUUAAGUCAAUCUGAUCCUAAUAGUCCUUUUAUUCAUGACCUCAUUCUGUCAUGGCAGGAAACUCAGAUACAGUUAAGACUACAAGUUGUCCUUCAUAUCCUCAGGGAAUGAGGGAAAAUUGCCACUUGUGAGGAAGGUGCAUGACACACAGAGAGAGAGAGAGAGAGAGAGAGGAAAUCUGUAGUCCCCCAUUUUCUUUCCUUCUUUCUCAUCUUGCCUCUCCUCACAUGUGGCAGUUUCCACACGUGCUUGCAAAUUUCGCUUACGAAGUUCAACUAUCUCUAAAGAGAGUAAGUAAAAUGAGAAACUACUCACUAUUCUAAGUACUGUUGGACCACUUAAUUUUUCUGGCAGUUAUUUGAGGGACAUGCCAUGGCCAUUAGAGAGCUUUAGAUUUGAGGACAAGGAUGACUACGAGUAAAAGAUUUAACUUAAAUUAAGUUUUUUCGCAUAUUGUGGAAAAAAAAUGUCAACCCAGAAAGUUUCAUUGUACUCUUUUUGCCCCGGAAAAUUAGUGCGGUUAUUAUUAUUGAGAAGCUUUGGCCCUUUUCCAGUUGCAAAAUGAUUAAAAAAUUCUAAAAUUUGAUAACUUGUUACUGCCACUACGACAUUCUCACUAAAACUCGUAGUAGAAUGACAAUGGCCAACACGUUUUCUCCCAAAAUGACGUUGGUUCAUCCAAGAGCACCAAAUACUGAGAAAAUCUCAUACUCGUAGUUGUCCUUGUCUCAGAAUCUAAAGCUCUGGAAGUCCUAAGAGUGACAAAACAUCGAAAUAUUUUCUCUUUUAACAAUAUCUGUUUCAAUAUGUAAUCAAGAGAAAUGGUUAUGAGAGUUUUAAGAGUUCUGUCAUAUUAUUGUUAUAUUCUCUCAACUAAUUAUCUAAGGAAAUGUAUGGAGACAAGUCUAGAGAAUGUAUAUGUGAAUAUUUGGGGCUUGCAGAAGGGUUAACUACUUAUUAACUUUUGUCAGAACCAACCAACGAGACCAGUCCAAUUCCAAAGAGAAUUCCACUUUUAGUCAGGAAUGUCAAACAGAUUGGUCUAUUCCUGAAUAGUAUCCUGAGUAGAGUAAGUUUUUAUCAAAAAUGUCGAAAAGAGCCUAUUUCAUUUACAAAAUGACUGGUCUGUUUAGCCACUGAUUUUUGGUAAACACCCUAAGGUGUGAAAUUAGCUAACAAGGCAGCUGACAUCUACUAAGUUUUAUAAUCAGUGGAGAACAAUAUAAUUUAGGUAAAAUUUGUUGCCGUAGAGAGGUCAAAACAGUUAGUCAUUCACUGUCUUAUAUAUUGUUGUUAGGUGCCAUUUGAUAGUGGACGGCUGGUCUUUCCUCCUGUAGCAGCCGGGGUAUUGGCCAGCAUGUUCUACUACCUGUUCAUUACAUGUCUGCCACCGGCCAUUGCCAAGAGCAUCUUUGCAGGAGGUUUACUGGGUUAUAUCAUGUACGAUAUGAUGCAUUAUUAUCUUCACCAUGGCUCUCCAACUCCAGGAAGUUACCUACACCAGCUUAAAAAAUACCAUGUUUCUCACCAUUUUGAAGACCAACAGAAAGGUACUUUAACAGUUAGCUUUCCACAUAGCUGAAUGUCAAGAACUUUAAUGCUCCUAGGAAAUAGUAUGAGUGAAUUCAUUUUGAUGGCAGGGUUCGAGGAUGCAAAUAGAGAGACCUCAGAGUGGUCACAACAAGGAUUAUUGAUUUCAUUGUUUGCUUCUUUACAAGCUUUUUUUAUCAAUAUAAUUCAUUAUAAGAAGGAGCUUAUUGGUACUGAGUAUAAUGUGUGGUUCCUGAAAACAUCCAUACUCUCAAUGUAAAGAGAACUUAAAAUUCUAGUGGAGUGGGUAGGUCAAAUGGGGGAAUGCUUCAGUCAUGUUAAUAAAAAAACUGAAAUUUGAUACAAUUUUGUGAGUUUCUCUACUCCCAAGAAUUUUUAUGAUGCCUUCCUCAAGCUCAAAAUCUGUGACCAUAGCUGGUUGGGCUAGUUAUUAUUUUUUAAAGCAAAACAGUAAGAACCCACAGGUAAGAACCUGCAUUUUCCAAAGUUAGCCUAAACAGGUUCUUACAUAAAUGGUAAUCAGCACAAAUUUUGGUUUUUUAGGUUCUUAAAGAGCUUUUAAUUAUUAUUUAUUUUUAUACAUUGAAGCUAAGAGUAUUUAGUUGUGUUCAGCCUAGUCUCCUUAUAUAACAUUUGCAUACCAGCCAAGUUAGUAGUUAUGACUUAUCUUAUUUGCCAAGGAGUACAGGUUUUUUUUAAUAGUUUUUAGAAAAUAAGAAUCUGUUUUAAGUUUUAGGCUAAAUGGGGUCUUGUAUAGAGGGUGCGUGACUGGCAAAUUUUAGCCUAAUAGGUUUUUAAAAACCAGGUUCUUUCUCGUGGGUUUUUGCUGUAGCCUUAAAAAACUCUUAGCAAAUUUUGUCAUUCCAUUAGAAUGUGUCUUCACUUGCUGUGGUAACAAUUGACUUUUAUUCACCAUUGUCUUUUUCCACAGGUUUUGGCAUUUCCAGCAAACUGUGGGAUUAUCCUUUUGGUACCUUCCCAGAAAAACUAGUUAAGGCGGCUUAG